UCCGCCCUGUCGUUUGGCUCCCCUCACGUAUACACAUUUUGUAGAACACGAUAUGAAACGUUAUCGUUGUGUGCGGUGUCAAAUUGUUUAAUUUUGCCGAGAGCGAACAUAUAACAUGUAGCUGAAAUAAUAAUGUGCGCCUACUCCCAUGUUUUGACCCUUGACUAAAAUUUGGUCUACAAAAUACAACUUACAAGUCUUGUCUUACGCCACAGCAUCUUGCUUUGACACUUAUCUUUUCCGUGAAGUUCAUGAUCAAGUCUUAGCGUAAUUCUUUUGCUUUUCUGUGCCGCUAGACGACACGUGUUUAAAUGGCAUAGAGUAGACUAAUUCUUUUUCCGCUCGGUGUCACUGACCCUGGUUUGGCCUCGAGGCACUGUGUAACAUUUGCUCUACCUCAAACCACUAUGAUCACAAUGUCGCAACUGUAGUACGACCAACGUGAUUUAGAUGGCACAAAUUCUUUCCACUUGCCCAUCAUCCAUCCUGCUUUUUGAUAACUUGGUUUUUCAGCCCUCUGUGAAGAAAUGGACAUGCCCCAAGCAGCGAUAACCCAGGGUUUAUGAAUUUGGUUUAAUCAGUGACGAGGUCUGACGCAUCGUUUCGUCACCUGUGCGGAGAGACAGAACCUCUGGAUCGGGCGUGCGCAUGUGUGUGUGUCGGGGAGGGGCAGCGACCAGUUUCACCACGCUUUCCAGUGAGAACAGACUCGUCACACUAAGAUUCAGACUGGAAACAUAACGGGCUAGUCCAUUAACUCUUUCUUCCAAGCCUCCGCCAAAAACGGAUUUUGAAAGCCGACCAGCCUUAGGCUUGCGAGGGGCGAAGAAAGGGCCGACCGACUGACGAGUCCGUAACACGACCCCGACCGGCGCUGACGACAGGACAGAGAGACAGCAGUGUUUACAGAAGACUGGAAGGCGAGGUGACCUCCAUUCUGCAGCCAACAUGGGGAACAAACUCUCUUUCAGCCUGGGCGGAAGGAACAAGAAGAAAGAUGACGGCAGCGUGCAAGUUGUAAGCGUAAAGCAGACUGGGGACACCGUGGCAGAUGCCACGCCUGCAGAGAACGGGGAUGUAGGGGCGACAGAGCCCGUGGUGGCGAAGGAUGCUCCUCCUGCGAAGGAGGCAGCAGCGGCAGCAGACAAGCCGGCUGAAGCAGCUGAGGCACCCAAGGAAGCAGCUGCAGAUGCAGAGGCACCUGCAGCACCUGUUGAGAACGGUGACGCUCAGCAAGAAAAUAAUGUAGCGGAAGAGAAGGCAGCAGACUCGAAACCAGAGUCUGCUGUUGAGAGCGAAGGUACAGAGAAAGCCGAAUCGGUUGAGACUUCUGUGACACCGGAGUCAGCUACAAAUGCACAAGACGGGGAAAAGUCUGAGACAGCUGCUGAAGAGGCCAGUCCAGCUGAGACACCUGCUCCAGUAGAAACUGACAAACAGGAGGCGAAGUCAGAGUUAGAACAAAAGGAGGCGGAACCUCCAGAAUCCGCGACAGAGGAACAGCAAGCCUCUACUGAACCUGUGGCUAAUACAAGUACAACAGUUACUGAAACUGUAACUGUAGAAGAAAAGCAAGGAUCGGAAGAGCCCGUCGCGACAACGACCACAGCAGAGGUUGUUGAAGUGGCACAAGAAGUAUCUGCUGAAUCACCUGUCGAGCCUGCUGCCCCAGAGGACGUUGUUGUCGAUGAAAAGCCAGCUCCUGUUGACGCCGAGGCAGAAAAGGGUACAGAGGAGGCUGCUGUGGUGGAAAAGCAAACGUCUGCUGACUCGACGGUUGAGGCUGUCGCAGCAGAGGCACAACAAGUUUCUGCUGAACCAGCAGUGGAGACGAGUACUGCAGAGGGGGUUACUGAGGAAGUCCAAAAGGAUGUUGAUCCCAAAGCGGAUGUAGGUACAGAGGCGGUCACCACAGAGGUACAGCAAGGCGAGCCAGUUGUUGAUGUCGCAGUAGAAGUUGUUGAAGAGGUCCAACAAGUUUGUGCUGAACCAGGAGUCGAGACAAGCGCUGCGGAAACAGUUGAACAGGAUGCGGAGGCUGGAACAAGUAAGGAGGUUCCCUCAGAGGAACAGCAAAUAUCUGCUGAGGAGACAAGUUCAACUGAGCCUGUUGUAGAGGAAAAACCAGCUGAACCCAAGGCGGAGGAACAGCAGGUGUCUGCAGAAUCAGCUGUUGUAACAGAGGCUAGUGAGGAAACACCGCAAGUGCCCGCUGAACACGCAGAGGAGACAAGCUCAAAAGAGCCUGUUGUAGAGCAGACGACUAAACCGGAAUUGGAGACAAGUGCAGACGCCGUUGUUGUGGAGGAACAACAAGCACCAGCCGAAACAGCUGCCGAGGCUGUUGCAACAGAGGCUAGUGAGGAAUCACAACAAGCGUCCGCUGAACCAGUAGAGGAGACAAGCUCAACAGGGCCUGUUGAAGAGGACGAGCAGAAAGUGACCGAGCCCCAACAGGAGGCAAGUACAGACGCCGAUGCUUCGGAGGAACAGUCACCAGUUGCUGAAUCAGCUACCGUUGCUGUUACAGCAGAAGGUGAUGAAGAAACACAGCAAGAGUCGACUGAACCAGCAGAGGAAACAAGCUCAACAGAGCCAGUUGUAGAGGACGAGCAGAAACCAGCUGAAGCCGAAUCGGAAGUAGGCACAGACGCCGUUGUUGCGGAGGAACAGCAAGCGUCUGCAGAAUCAGUUGCUGCAGAGACUGUUGAAGAGGAAAAGCAAGAGGCUGCUGGAUCUACAGUGGAGGCAUGCGCGGAGGCUGUAGUUGUAGAGGAAGUCCAAGCAUCUGCAGAACCAGUGGUAGAGACCGUUACAACAGAGGCGGUUGUGGAGGAACAGCAAUCAGCUGUUGAGGCUGUCGUUGUUGAAGAAACGCAACAGGUAUCUGCUGAACCAGAGGGUGCUGAGCCCGAGGCUGAAACUAGUCCAGAGGUGGUUGUCGGAGAUGCACCAGAACAGACAGAGACUACUUCACCCCCUGACCCCACACCGGAAACACAAGAUCCUGUCGCUUCCCCUGACACUGUUCCCGCAACAUCACAACCCGCAGAACCCUCUGAACCUAGCCCAGAUAACCAGGAGCAGAAAGUAGAGGAGGCUCCCACGGCAGAGGCCCCACCAGCAGAAGAGAAGGCAGCGGAGGAGGCACCUGCAGAGGCGCCACCAGCAGAGGCGCCCCCAGCAGAGGAGGCACCAGCGGAGGCGGCACCUGCGGAGACUGCGCCGGCAGAGGCGGCACCAGCAGAGGAGAAAGCAGCAGAGGAGGCACCAGCGGAGCCGGCACCUGCCGAGACUUCGCCGGCAGAGGCGGCACCGGCGGAAGACAAACCCGCCGAGGAAGCACCUGUAGAGGCUGCGCCGGCAGAACCAGCACAGGCGGUGGAAGCUGCGCCAGUUGAAUCGGCGCCAACAGAGGCUACUCCAGCUGAGGAGACAGCAGCGCCGGUAGAAGAUAAAGCAGCAGACGCUGAAGAACCAGCAGCUCCUACGGAGGAAUCACCUGCUACAGAAGAAGCACCUGCAGAGACACCGACAGAGGCUCCAGUAGAGCAAAAAGAAGACACCCCCGCCGAGGCAGCUGCAGUAGAGCCAGCAGCUGACGCACAAGAACCUCCAGCAGAACCGGCUGCAGAAGUACCUGCGGAAGAGACACCUGCAGAGAAGCCAGCAGAGGAGGCACCAGCAGAGGAGACACCUGCAGAGGAGAAGCCAGCCGAGGAGACACCUGCAGAAGAGACACCUGCAGAGAAGCCAGCAGAGGAGACACCUGCAGAAGAGACACCCGCAGAGAAGCCAGCAGAGGAGAAGCCUGCAGAGGAGACGCCUGCAGAGAAGCCAGCAGAGGAGACACCUGCAGAGAAGCCAGCAGAGGAGACACCUGCAGAGGAGAAGCCAGCAGAGGAGACACCUGCAGAGGAGACGCCAGCAGAGAAGCCAGCAGAGGAGACGCCUGCAGAGAAGCCAGCAGAACCAACGUCAGAAUCAGCAGCAGAAACGCCGGCAGAGCCAGCACAACAGGAGGCUGAACCAGAAACAGCGGAGCCCGGUGCUGUACAGAAGGCAGAAUAAGUCUGAAAGGCGAUGAAAAGAGUUGAAGAUUGUGAAGGGACAGAGAAGAGAUGGGAACCAAGAAUGAAAGCUGCUAUUUUAGUACAAAAAUGGCAACUAAAUAACGAUGAGUGGACCUACUCAUAGAUAGGAGGGAAAUGGGAAUGAUGUGAAAGGAAUGUAGGAUGGAUCUUUGUCAAAUAUUUUGUCAAUACGUGAAAGCUGCUCUUUUGUACUUUUGUACACCAGGAUACUUUGAAUAUUGUCUUCAGCAUACCAGGGGUACUUCUUCGUAUUUACAACUUGGUAUUUUUUGAAACAUGAAAUAUUCCAUAUGUUUUGCAAAUCGAUGCACCGUAACCAAAUACGGAAUCAAUUAACGUGCACGCAAGCUGUAUUAUAGUGGUAAAGAAAGCCUCCCUUCCGUGUGAAAUUAUUUGAAAUGGUAAACGACUAAGAAUUUCUAGUACACGUCUAACGUAGCAAAGAAAAAUAUUGGUGUUCAUGUAUUCAAGUAAAAAUAACAUUGCCAUCUAAUGAUAUCCUUCAAUAAUGUAACUUUUUUAGAAACAUUUGUCACAUCCAGUGUGUAACUUUGUCUUUAGGUUAUAGGUACCGGUCAAAUGGGGAAGUAAUUGUAAAGCACUAAACGAGAGAAAGGCACAGGUAUAGCUUUUGACAGAUGUUUCCUUUAGGAACGUCCUAGAUGCUACCUGUACAUAAGCAUCCUUCUGAUGGAUAUGCCCCUGAUACAUGUUAAUAUACUGUAGUCGGUUUUACCCUUAACUAUAUUAAAGUCUAAAACGAACCUUAACAAAAGCGUAACCUAAAAUCAUAUCAGAUGGUGAAAUAUAGCAUCUAGAUCUUCUUACUACAACCUCACGCCUCAAAAUUCUCUUUGUAAAUUGAAAUCAUCAUAAUUUUCCACCAGUAACUGACUUAAUAUCACACACACCUUGUAUCGACUGUGCCCCAGAUUUACAAUGAGGCUUUAUGCUUUAUGUAAAAAGGUUUUGUCUGGUCAAAUUGCCGGGACCCAAAAGGUCAGAAAUGGAUUAAAAAAUGACCUAUAGUCUUUUCUUUGGUCGGAUACAGCCCGUGUAGCAGGAUGGAUGUAUCAGUUACUGCUAGGAAUAUAGUACAUUAUUAGACACUUUGUUGGAGUUUCUUGUAUAUCUUGUCUUGGUGUAACUACAUGACCAACCUAAAUGUGGUAAUAGGCUAGCGGUUACUACUCAUAGUAGUGUCAUCAUUGCCUCUGAAAUUCACUUCGUGUGUCUUAUCAAUGUACAUCUGCCAUAGAGCCUGCCGGGAAACACGGUGUUCUGUACCUUGGAAAGAAAUCUGACUCAGUCCACUCAGAAAUAUUUUCGGAACUGCCCAGUGCAUACUAGGGGCAAAUCAGGUGCAAAUCUUCUAGAGGGGGUUGAGUGACUUGUUGUUCUUGUCCCCACUAGAUUUACAGGGGAUGGUGCAUAGUUAACAUGCAUUGAUGCCCAACACUGAAUAGCAUAUGAAUCUGAAUAUCAUUUCAAUGAUUAAUGUACUUUUACAUUGAACAGGACACUUUACGG